UGUUGGGCUUAUUUCAGAAGGAGAAAAAGAAAAUUCAGAAUUAGAUAAAGAGGGGCUGUUAAAAAUUUUUCAAAAAUAUAGUAUUAGCCAAAUGUCCUUAACCACCACGGUUAUCGGUUAUUACCAAACCAGCGGUCAAACGAGUUUAAGGCAACAAGAAUUAAAUAAUCUCCUUAAUACUGCUACGCCCCGCAAUAGCAAUAAUACGUUCUUAAUAGCGAGUGUCAUUG